CUCUGCAGCAGCAGCAGCAGCAGCAGCACCAGGAUUGCUACUGUUGUUGCUACGGAGUCAUGGAGAACGGUAAGCAGCCACUCCUCUCGCCCACCGAGAAGGCUGACCGAGCCGAUCAUGUUGUAAGAAACGGCGACGGCGACCAUGCCCACGACCAGCAAACAAUGGUCGCCAACCUGCCGCUCUCGACCACGUUCAACGACUCCUUCACCUUCACGCCGCACGACAACGACGUACCCCCAAUCAAGGGUCCCCGUGACUUCCUCCGGGAGUUCGCCAAGGAGUCCAAGAAGCUGUGGUCCCUUGCCGGCCCCGCCAUCUUCACCUCCAUCGGCCGGUACUCCCUUGGCGCCAUCACCCAGGUCUUCGCGGGCCACGUCAGCACCCUCGACCUCGCGGCCGUCUCCGUCGAGAACUCCGUCAUCGCUGGCUUCUCCUUCGGUAUCAUGAUCGGAAUGGGAAGCGCGCUGGAGACGCUGUGCGGGCAGGCUUACGGGGCAGGGCAGCUCGACAUGCUGGGCAUUUACAUGCAGCGGUCGUGGGUGAUCCUCAACACGACUGCCGUCGCGCUGUGCUUCCUAUACAUCUUCGCAGCGAAGCUCCUGCAGCUGCUCGGGCAGACGGAGGCGAUAUCGGAGGCAGCAGGGGAGUUUGCGAUCUGGAUGAUCCCGCAGCUGUUCAUGUACGCGAUGAACUUCCCCAUCGCCAAGUUCCUGCAGGCGCAGAGCAAGAUCAUGGCGAUGGCGGUCAUCGCGGCGGCGGCGGUGGUGCUCCACACGGUGUUCAGCUGGCUGCUGAUGCUGAAGCUCGGGUGGGGGCUGAUCGGGGCCGCCAUCGUGCUGGACGCGUCGUGGGUGGUCAUCGUGGCGGCCCAGCUCGCCUACAUAUUCAGCGGGACGUGCGGGAGGGCGUGGACGGGGUUCUCAUGGAAGGCGUUCCAGAACCUGUGGGGUUUCGUGAGGCUGUCCAUCGCUUCGGCCGUCAUGCUCUGCUUGGAGGUUUGGUAUUUCAUGUUGCUCAUUCUCUUCGCGGGUUACUUGAAGAAUGCCGAGAUUUCGGUGGAUGCCUUGUCCAUCCGCAUGAACAUACUACUAUGGACAGUCAUGGCGUCUCUCGGAAUGAAUGCUGCUGUAAGUGUGAGGGUGUCGAAUGAACUCGGAGCGGCUCAUCCAAGAACAGCAAAGUUCUCGCUCAUAGUGGCCGUGAUCUCCUCGUUCAUGAUAGGUCUGGUCUUAUCUGCGAUCUUGCUUGCCACUCAGAACUUAUAUCCGUCCCUAUUCUCGAGCGACUCGUCUGUCCAGGAACUGGUCAAGGAGCUCACGCCAGUGCUGGCCUUGUGCAUCGUCAGCAAUAACGUCCAACCAGUGCUCUCCGGGUGGGCCGUCGGAGCUGGAUGGCAAGCCGUGGUCGCAUAUGUGAACAUUGCCUGCUAUUAUCUGUUUGGAGUUCCCCUAGGUUUGAUCUUUGGUUAUAAGCUAGACUGGGGUGUCAAGGGGAUCUGGUGUGGAAUGCUGAUGGGCACAAUAGUGCAAACAUGCGUGCUCAUCUUCAUGGUUUCCAGGACGAACUGGAACAAAGAGGCUUCUAUUGCCGAAGAAAGAAUAAGAAGAUGGGGAGGUCCUUCGGAAGAGCAGCAGCUUGCAGAGAACGACUUAGAGAAGUAAAACUGAACCCAAUAAUUCACCAGGAACGAAAGAAUUUUGGCGAAGAUGACCUUCACCGUAGCCAGCUGCAACUUGACAAGGCAACUCAUGAGAUGCGAACCUUCGUCGCCUGAUUCAUUUGUCGUUCAACAAAUUUCGAUGGCCAUUGGAGAUCUAAUUGGCCCCAUAAUUCCAAGAGAAACCUUAGUCACACGAGUCAUUUAGUUCUACCGAGUCAAUUGCAGUAUUUAACAAGCCAUUUUUAUGUUUUUACAACUUGCUAGCGAUUGAAAAUCUUGGUUGAUCAAUCGUCAUCAAUUUAGAUUCCAAUUCCUCUUG